AUGUCUUCAGUGGAGAUGCUCCGAGCUUUGGUGGUUCAGAGACAAAGCUUGGCUGCUGAGGAGAUCUGUGAGCUGUUUAAGAGGACCUUAUCAGAGCAAAGAGAUGGAGGAUUUUCUGCAGGAAAGGAAAACCUUCAAACCAGAGGAGUAGACUCACAUCUGACCACUACAGCUCCAUCUAACAGUGCAGGUAAUCCUUCAGAAAGUUACUGGCACUCAGACAUGAUGUGUUGUAUUGUUCAACCCUAAACACUAAAACAUCAAGGUACACAAGGACAUACUUGUCUAUUAUCUCUUUAUUUUUUACUUAUUUUACCUAUUUAUCGCUUUAUUUUUAUUCAUUUUAUCUAUUAUUUAUCUCCUCUUUUUACUUUUUUUGCACUGGAGUACUGUGACAAAAAGCAAAUUCCCCCUAGGGAUUAUUAAAGUAUUUCUGAUUCUGAUUCUCUGUACACCUGCAAGUGCAGCCAUCAUUUUUGCAUACUUUUUCAGCCAUAUGCAUUUUCCCUUUAACAACUAUUACAGCCCGUUUUGCAUGUGCAACAUAAUGGAGUGAAUCCAGAGCUUUUUAGUAAUUCAGAACCACUUACAGUUUUUCUUAGUCGCUUUGGUGCAUUUCUCAGAUCAGAAUGAAAGUUCUCACAACUCUUAGUUCAAUCCCCACAAUAUUGAGUCAUUUGUGCACAUUGUCAUAGCAGUUUCUCAUUCCUCUGAACAAAUUGCAAAUGCUCUUGGACAUGUAUCAGUUACUUUCGUACAAUUCUCUGCUGUUUUAUAACUUUAUUAUUUGCUUCUGUCAUGUGAGUCAAAAUGAAACAUACUUUUGAAUGCUGAAUAGUCAUUCCCUAUAAAACUAAUAGUCCUCAUUUCAUUGCUUGAGUCAUUACACACAAAAUUGUUGAACUAGUUCUCAAAAUCUGUUAAGCCAAUUCACUAAAUUUCUUAAUCUUUUUUCCUGUAAAUGUCUCCUAAAUUGAACAAUUUCUCUCAGGUUGACCCUCAGCUUUAAAUCAUAAGGAGGUGUAUGAAGCAUUAGUUGUAACCAAUGACAAGUCUCUCAGAGCUGAAUCCCAUGAACUCUCACUUGGCACUUGUACUUGUACUAUUUCUACAAUUCUGUGACACACAAUUGGAAGGUCAGCGACAGCGUCGUGGAGGAGGUGUGAGAAUGCGGGGAGAAAGGGGAAGGGGACAAAACCGGGGCAGAGAAAGAAGAGGUGAAGUAUAUAGGCAAAUCUCUGAUGAAAUUAGGGCUACACUUGUGGACCAUGUUGUCAAUCACGGCCUCAUAAUGGCUGAGGCUGGUCGACGGGUGCAACCAAAUGUAGGAAGAACCACUGUGAAUCUUAUAUUUGUUCUAAAUAAGUGAUUGUGAAUUUUUUUCUUUUUUUUGCACAAUGCUGUAGAGUUGCAAAGAGCAUAUGCAGUAAAUAUGUGAAACAUACAUGCGUCUUGUAUUCAGUUACCUCACUAAAUACAAUAAAUCAAAUGGCUGUACAGGUAGUGUAAAGGGCGGUCUUGAGGAUUUUCAGGUAGUGUCACUAAGGUCUGACUUUCUUGCACUGGAAAACACAGAGAUAGUGAACUAUCAUAAUAAAAACCUGACAAAUCCAUUUGACUGUCGUGUUCAUAAUCAGUGAUGUUGGAACUAAUUAUUUUGAUGACACAGACACUUUCAUUGACAUGAAUAUUUGCUUUUGAGGAAUGAACUAUUCAUUUUGAGAAAGUGACGCACUUUUGCAGGUUAUCCACUAGAGUUUGCAGUUUGUACUGAUUGUUCUGAGAAACGCACCAACUGUUGUGCAAAUGUUCAUACUGAUGUGAGAAAUGCACCAAAGCGACUGAGAAAAACUGUAAUAUCAGGGCAACACAGUUCAUUUCAGUCUCAACGUUAUCAAAAGAAUAACACAAUUUUAAUGUAUUUCCAACGUCUAGGUUUAGAAAUACUGUGUUUCCUUUUCAAUAAGAGGUAAUAGGUUCAUUGUGUUUUAGCUCUCUUUAUUUUGGCCCUUUUUUCCAGAGAUCCAGAAGGUGAUUGUGGGUGACCAGGUUCCUUUUAAGCGGCUGGAGUGGAGCCCACAUGCCUGUCAGGAGGCACCAGAGUCCCAUCACAUUAAAGAGGAACAGGAAGAACUCCAGAGCAAUCAACAGAACAAGCAACUCCCUGUGAGGAGUGAAGACGAUGAAGAGAAAACGCAGCCAUCACACCAAGAGAGAGCUGUUAAAGAGAUAAAAACAGAAGCUGAUGAGGAGGACUGUGAAGAAUCAGAGGUGACCAAAAGGAUGAGAGUGUUAGUGAAGCAACGACUGACUGCAGCCGUUGAGGAAAUAUUUGGAUUGUUUGAAACGAGCUUAGCAGAGUACGAGGAGAAGAUUAGGGGAUUUCAGAAGAUGCUGGAAAAGGCUGGGGUCCAGGUCAACAAUGCAGGUUUGUGAAGUUUUUCAAAAAGAAGUUACAGAUUUGUGUCACUUCAACUUAAUUUUUUGCAUAUGUUCAGGGACACCCCCCAAAAAGUUCAUAAUUCAAAUGCCCAGUUUAGAAAAUGUGCCUUUUUAAAAGUUGUGACAUUAAAAACAACAUUUCGGUUGUUCCUUGUGGUUUUUAAAUCUGGAUAGUUAGUCUGCCUUAGUCCCCCUGAAAUCUAUGCUCUAUCAUAAUGAAGGGAAAAAUUCAGUGAUUGACCAGAAAAAUAUAAGACAUAGGGCUCUAUUUUCGGGGCGGCGAGCCCCGCGCAGUUGUAUUUUCGUCUGGCGGAGCCCAGCGUAAGGCCAGUUUGGUAUUUUUGUGGACUGAGCCGCACAGAUGCGAGCCGAGAUCCGCCAAGCUGGGCGUGGUGGCGUGGCAGGGGGAGGUGUCGACAGAAUCAGCAGGCGCAGUGACAUUUUCGUGCUCGCCACCGGCGUGUAAAGUGCGCUGAAAGCUCGCUGAUUCAAACCUGGUCAGCUUUCAGUGCAAGGCGGAACGCAGCUGGUCCAGUAGUAUUUUGGUAGACCGGCGGCGUAUCGACAUACGUCACUGAUGCCUCACCGGCAGGUUUCCACAGUGUCAGGCACAUUUCAGUGCAAUAAAUAAUCAUCAUCAACUAUUAAUCUGAGUCAGCACAUACAUUUAGAUCUAUAUUGAUAUAUUCUGAUCUAUAUGUGAUCUGAUGAGCGCGUUUGGCACGCGUUUGGACACACAACCUGACCGAAUCAACACAGCUGAAACCGCAUCAAAUUAAAUUAAAUAUCUAGUAAAUAUACACACAUGAUGAAGUUAACAAGAUAUGUAAUUCAUCUCCCUCCUUUUCUUUCUUCCUCUUCCUCUUAUUUCUCGCACAGCUCGACCUGGACACGUCUCCGUGUCCUCUGUUCGUCUUGCUGCUGCUGCGGCUGAACAGAUGAUUUGUUUCAGUGCUCAGAUGCGUGAUCUACUUUAAGCCGACAUACGGAUAUUAUAAUAUUCAGUUUUGUGAGCCAAAUUUAUUUUAUAUGCCAACAUCUAUGAAAGAAAGAGCCAGGCCACGGAGCGUGAUGCGUCAUUUACGCACAGAUGGUUCCGAUUUUAAUGCCAUUUUUGGAGUUUAUGUUGUGAUCUGUGCGCUCAACCCACCUUUGUCACGUGAGGUUUGAAUAUAUGCAACUUUAUGUGAGUGUCUUUAUUUGUGGAAAAGGGUGUUUGUCUUACCACUGGGUCCAACAUUACACACACCAAAUCCAUCUGUGCUUAUAUGAGAGGGUGUGGAGGACACUUGUUGAGGAGCUGCCCUCUGUCGCCAUCUUGUGGCAUUACUGUCUUAAGACAUCUCUUGAUCUCUUUGACUAUUUCAUGAAAAUAGUAAUACACCUCGCCUGUGGCGGAUUUAAAGGCAAGGAGAGGAGCUUAUGUGAUUGGUGAAAACAGGUCUCGGCUGUGUUAAACCCACUACACGCCCUGUCUCCUCCCCAUCUACGACUUAUGGUGCUGGGAGGAGCUGAGUUAGGGAGGGGGGAUACUUACGCCGGGCUGCGCGGCUCACCAAAAUACCAAAAUGUGCUUUGGAACGCCUUGUCAGCGCGGCGGACCUGACUGACGCUGCGCUUGCGGCACAUCUCCGGCGAGGCACCAAAAUAGAGCCCUGAGGCUUGAAUGUUUAAAUCUGGAACACAGCUGAUGUAAUGAAGCUGACAAAGUCUUUUGGUGUGACACUGAACAGAAGAUAAAAGUAACAAAUGGCUUGUUAUCAAGCCAUAGCUAAGAAUUGAUUUAUUUACUGGUGCAGUUAUUAACAUUGUAUCAAAAUGUUACUUGAUGGGGAGACAAUUUUGAAGUCAAGAGUGUUGGCUCUCACUGAGUAGAUGGCGCGCAAAUCUUCUGCUCUGCCUCCCUCUUUCGACUGGGCAGCGUUCACACACAGUGCACAACUUUACUGAGAAAUUCAGCCUUCGUCGAUGUACAGACACGGUAAGAAACAUUAAAGCAUUUUUAUGACAUUUUUAACGCAUGUUCAAUGACCAACAGCUGUGUUGAAGUAUUAGUUUAAGGUCAUUUAAUAAGAAUUACAGAUUUGAAGACAAUGCUAACACUAGCAGUCUGUUUGAAUGAGUCAUGGGCUAUAUCCCCUAACUUUGUUUUAUGACCGAGUUCAACAGUUUUGUGGAUAAUGUUAACACUAGCAAUCUAUGCAGUCUCCCCAAGCUAUUCUGCACAUUCUCUUAUUGCUCUUUAUCACAUAACCGAGUUCUGUAAUGUACUACAGCUUUGUGGCUAAUGCUAACGGCUAGUGGCGACGCUAGCAAUGCUAGCUUGAGUUACUGAACUCCAGUUUUUACUUCAGCGCCCUGUUUUGAACUUAUAAGCAUAAUAGAUGAUUUUAGUGUUGUGAAAAUGAAACGUGGGUCGGCUUGUAACCGUUUUAUUGUGAUAGUUUCAUUCGUUAUCUUGUUUUAAUUCAAUGUACUUUUAAAGAUAGUGAAUGCAGUCAGAAUGCGGGCAAAUUUUGGCGCCAAUAUAGCAGCUUUAGGGGAGGGCAAUCGCCAUUCCGACAUCCCGGCAUUCCGACAUUGGUGUCUAAUUGUCGGAGUGCCGGUAUGUUACCAUGCUAUCAAACGUCCCGUCAUUCCGACAGCUCAGUAAAAAAGAAAUCAUGUCUGCACAACUAACAUCAGCCAAUACAGAGAUGAUUGCCAAUAUAUUGUGCAUCCCUAGUAUUUUUCUAUAUUUUGUAACAAUUAAUUGUCUUUUUGCUGUUUUCCAGCUUUGAAAAUGGAAGCAAGUGAGCCUCCCUCACUUGUCACUUGUCUCCUAGAUGGCAAAGAGAUCUGGAAAAAGGUCUUCCACCUCAACACCACUACAGAAAUUCUGGAAACCGCCAAGCACUCAUUGAAUUGCACAGCAGCAUUAGAUCGACUACUUGUUUUUAAUACUUGCUUUGAGGUCUUCGUUGAUACUGACGUAGGGGGCAAUGUAUCACAAAUGGACAAAUAUCAAAUUCUGCUCAAGUCAAUGAAGCCAGAGGAUGACCAACAGAAGCAGCAGGUAUGUAUGCAUAUCAAAUGGUAGCCUGUGUUUUGGCUUAAAGGGAUAGUUUGGUUUGUUUUAAGUGGGAUUGGUCACACCAACUCAUUCAAUGUUUUCUUUCUUUUCAUGACUGCAGUUAUUUGACCACAAAGGCCUGAUUCGUGCAGUCAUGAAAAGAAAGAAAACGCAUUGAAUUACAUGGUUUGUCAAAACUUUUGGUCUGUACUUUUGUAUGUCUGUCUAGUAUAUGUCAGGAUGAGCAAUAUAUUAUAUUUAAUCAGUGAUAUUACUUUCUUUUUAAGGCUCAACUAUCGCCUCAGAGACAAAGUACAAAUGCACCUGGUCCUAGUGCUCUAAGUGGGGUAUGUAUGUGUCUGGGAGAUGUACUACCUAGUUUCAGAUAUUGAGCUAAUCAGUGCAAAACAUCAAAGAAUUAUGAACACCAUUGAUUUAUUUUUGCUCAUGGAAGCAUCAUUUUGGAUUUUAGUGUGAUAAGCUACUUUUGUACACGUUGUUUUGAUUUACAUAUCUCUUUUUUUUUUUCUUUAUUCUUUUCUAAGGAUCAACCAUCGACUCAUGAUGCACCUGGUCCUAGUGGUCUUUGGGAGGUAUGUGUCUGAAAGAGAUGCAUAGAGACAGUAAUAUCACAUGGGGCUGAUAACAGUACGAAACAGUAUUGCAUCACUGUAUAUGCCAACACAAAAUGUCUGUUUAUUUUGAUGCUUUAUUACAGUACAGAUUCAUUGCUUCAAGAUAGUAUUACAUAACUUCAGCAGCCGCUUCUAUAAAAUGAAGCAUUAAUUUCAGACACAUUUACAAGGUAGACAGAACGUAAAUAGAAGAAGCAACAAUCCAAUCUGGUGGGCCAAGAAUGCUAUGACGUCUGUGGACGUCUUUAAUUUGGCAUUCACACAAUGAAGUCUUAAGGGGAACACUGUGAAUGCACCAUGUUAUGAUUUGAUUUAUUCACUCUUACACCCACUUUGUAUAGGUCAAGGGUAGGCUAAUGCAAGCUUUGGGGUUUUCCCCUUUCUCAAAACACAUUGGGAUAUGGUCUGUAACUCUCAGUACUGGGAGUCUUUUGGGUUUAAUCCCUGUGCUCAUGGAAGUGCACCAAACAUUUUGUGCCUGAUUGAUUAGGUGCAGGCUUUCUUGGUAUGACUGAACAUAUAAUUUUAGCAUUGCUCUUGUUCAAGCAGAGACAUUUUUUUCUUUUUAAAGGCUGGACAGCUGAAUGCCGCUGCAGCUCAUCAAUCGCAGGUAUGUGUAUGGAGUGCAACAGUAAGUUCUUCCUUCAGGUCCUUUAUAUAAUGUGUUUUAAGGCUUGAACCUAGCCAACACAACAAUAAAAAUAUCAGGGAUGUUUUCCCAUUGUUAUCGUUUGUUUUUGCUUAUUAUUGUUUUACGGUUGCUCAGGAUAUUUGAAUACCAGGGGUCUUCAGCGUUUUCAGGCCAGCGACCCCUUAGCCCCCUCUAUGAACUUCUUUGCCAAACAUAGCUGAUCUACAAGUUGGCAACACCUCGCAGCCCAAGGCGUUGUAAGCUUGUAGAUCAGCUAUUUUUGUCUAAGCUUUCACUCAGAAUAGAGAUGCUAGAGUUCAACUAGUUAAUGAUGAAAGAUUUGGUGCCCCCCUGUAUUAACUCUGCUCUGUCCUAGAACGGUCAAGGACAUUUUACACAACACUUUGAUGCAGCCAGUCUGAGUGCACUCAUUGAGUGCAAAGCGCCAGCGAUCCAAGCUGAAUAUGAGAAAUCAGGAACACUCUCCCUGACAUCCAGAAAGCAGCUUGUGAGAAUAAGUGUCAGUGAUCUGGUGGAGCGAAGAGGAUUGUGAGUUCAUUCUUCAUUUCUUCCGCAUAAAAUAAAAGGAUUCGAUUGGUUUGAUAGAAAAGCGAUAUCUUUCAGUAGUUAAUACAUCUGAGAUGUGCCAUUUAACGCAGAAAGUAUAAUGAAAUGUGACUUUACGUGAACGGCUGGUUUACAAGGUUAAGAUACUGGGACGUGUAGUGUUUUUGGCAUAAAGGAGUCACUCAAGAUGUUUUACAAAGACUUUAACUCUUAGGAAAGCAAAAAGUAUGAAAGUUAUUGACUGCAGUGUACAAGUUAAGUUGUCAAAACUGUCCAGCAUCCUAUCAUAAAUUGACGUUUAUCCAUGUAUAUUUUUCUAAAUCUUUUUUUCCUUUUCCUUUUUCCUUUCAGUUACCCUGGAAACCCUGACAAGGUGAUGUUGGCGAAAAGCAUAACAACAGUCUUCCCAUCACUGGCGAUCAAGAUGGAUGGAGAGAAUGAAGGAUUUGUAAGUGCAAACUGAUGUGAAUAUAACUUAAAUAGUAAUAUUCCCUGCUUGUAAAUUUUACUGUGAGCUACAGACAUAGACUGUAUAUAGAAUGGACAGAGUCUGCCUCCUUGCUGGGUGAAGCUUCUCUGAGAACAGCACCCUCUGAUGGUGGGCUGCAGUAUAGGUCAUAAAUCCCGCCUUCGCCAGCAAAGCUUAUGGGACUGUGGACAAACUUUAGAAAUUUAUAACACAGAACAUACAUUUUUCUCCCCCCUGCUUGUGAUGUUGACAUGUAGUUACAGUAAGACUGGUUUGUGCCCAAGUCCUUUUUUUUCUGUGAAGCUCCAUUUUUAAAAGUUAUUAGGGGGUUCAUGUUUUCUAUGAUUGACACCUGGUACAGCCUAUGGGCGUUCAGGGAUUGCGUAGCUCUCCCGGGGGGGAUACGCUGUUUGAGCCGAGCGUCAUCACAGGGACUCUCGGCGACUGCGCGGCCGGAUGCGUGCAUCGCUACUGCGCAGCUCUGGUUUCAAGGAAGUGGAGAAAAACCCGGAAUUACCGAGAGCUUUUUGGCUUCGAAUCCGUAUACAGGCGGAAGGCGGAACCAGGUUGUCCAUAGUAUAUACAGUCUAUGGCUACAGUCGUGAAGUUAUCACUGUAGAAUGGAGACUAAUUGUACAACCUUCCUACAUAGCUUUCCUAUUGUCCCACCCUGUCUAAAAUAAGAAGUUGUAAUAAAGUGAUUAAUAAGAUAUGAUUCUGGCCAGUAGUCUGGCAGAGUUAUCCUUAAAUAAUUUAUUUUAUUCAACUGUGAUUCAGGAGCACUUCUUUGACCCAGUGUACCACAAUGGAUUCAUCGAAAUAAGACUGCGCAACCUACGGAGAACACUUCAUGGGGACCAACGUCGCUAUUCCAAGCGGCCGAGGUCCAGUGGUCCUUCUGCACCUGCACCCACUGUAAUUACGGUAACAUUGGAUAUGUCUACCGGGGAAGAGUCCGUCAUGGAGUGGAUAACUGCAACCAAGAGGCUGAGACCAACUCCUGAGAAUGCCACAGCCAUCAAAAAGGGUAUGGAUGAAACCUACGCCCACCGAAGAAUGUGGAUCAAUGGACAGUCACCAACAGUUGAAGAGAUCUUUGAGCAGUACCCUCAGUUCAUAGAUAUGCCAUACUUGGUAAGUAUAUUGUAUACUAUUUUGCAGCUACAGAUCUGGAGCCUAUAGACAACAGAUAAUACUAAUAUUGCUGUAUUGAACAAAAGAAUAUUCAAAGAAGUGCUGUGAAACGAAUGGUAUCCACCUGUUUCCAUGGGAAUUUACUUUUAAGGUGUGUGGGACACAUCCGUAGUCUAACCAAUAAGCAUCAGCUAAAUCGCACAAUGCAGCUGUUUGAUGCAGCUUUAAUUAUAACCGUCUAUAACAGCUUUCCAGUGCCGUUACUUGUGGCGAACACCUUGUUGCUUGAGUUGACGCAUGCCCGUAGGUGGAAUAAUGUCACAUGUCACACCGUCCAUCUUCUGUUGUUUUUGAUUUAUUUACUCAUUCAUUAUUUUAUGUAAGACAAGACACACAACCACUUGACACGGUCAAAAAACUGUUCGGCUUCCCAGGUGUGCGCACCUGUCCUAAUCCACCCACCUAUUAAAUAGACAGGCACAAUAGCACCAUCUAGUGGCACAAAAAAUACAUAACAAUAAACCGCAAAAUCCCAAUCGAGCUCCUACACCGUCAUUGCCGUACAACCACUGCGCAAUGCACAAUGGGAUACUGGAAACUUCUUUAUAGGUUGCAGACUUAUAGAGAAAAGGAUUCCAAAGCAAGGCAACAGGUUGUCAACCUGCUUUGUUCCCCUAAAGAUGGAGUGCCUUGGAAUCCUUUUUUCUGUAAGUCUGCAACCUAUACCAUUAGAAUUUAGCAGCACUUAGAAUAUGUUUUGUUCAUUAUGCCUACCUGUGCCACCAAAAGAGCACCUGUCUAGAGCAAUCUGAUCCCCGCUGAUCUGAUUUUUUUUCUUCUUUUUUCUACAAUUGCUUUAUCUGCUACUUCUCCAGUUUCAUACAGAGUUCGCCAAAAUGUUCCCAGGGAAGGAAGACCUCUUCCUUUGAAAAUGGGAAGGACAAAUCGUUCACAAACUACUGAAAGUGGCUGCAGUCGAAAAAGAUCCCAGUGCUCUGUCAGCUGGUGAGGAGAGUGAAGGUAAGUUACUGUACAUCAAAUAGGGUAAUUUGGAGUAAAAUUCUCAUUAAGGCUGAACCAUUUACAAAAACAUAUAUGCUGUUAAUUGUAUUGAUCUCAAUUCCCCCGACACAGCCUUUUUCUAAUGUGGUAAUUCAUGGGAUAACAUUUUUGGGGAGUCUGCAUCAGUAAUGGUGUGUAUUUUCCAUUUUGUUUUGUGUCCUGCUCAGAGUCCCGUUCCUUCAGAGCACUUCAGAUUCUCGCACAUCACCUACCUCCUACUGCAUCAGGGAGGGCCAAAGGCUCAACCAAAAUCAGUGUGAAAUCAGCUCUGUCUUUCAUGUUGGACAUCAAACCGGUAGGAAAGCUGCUGUUGUCAUACGAAUCUCCCAAACCUUUUCUCUGUCUCUGUCUCCGUCCUGGGUACUGAUUUCAGUCUUGAGGAUUACAUGUGCCAUGUUUUAAAAUCAAAAAUCAUACUUUGGGACAUUGUCUGAAUUCUUGUUUUUUUAAGUAUUUGGGCAUUUAUUUCGAUAUGUUAGCAGCUGAGAAAAUCAAAAGCGGAAUCUAUUUUUAAUGUGACUUCCCUCAAAUUUGGUUAUUUUAGCCUAAUUCUGAAGCUGUGCUAAAAAUAUUGUGAUGAUGUGUUUUAGUGUCAUCUCCUGGCGAUUACCAUAGACUGUAUAAAGAAUGGACAGCGUCUGCCUCCACGCUGGGUGAAGCCACUCCGAGAACAGCAGCCUCUGAUGGUGGGCUGCAGUAUAGGUCAUUAAUCCUGCCUCCGCCAGCAAAGCUUAUGGGACUGUGGACAAACUUUGGAAAUUUAUUACACAGGACAUAAAUUUUUCUCCCCCCGGUUGUGAUGUUGACAUAUAGUUAUUGUAAGAUUGGUUUGUGCCCAAGUCCUCUUUUUUCUGUUCAGCUCCGUUUUUAUAAGUUAUUAGGGGGUUCAUGUUUUCUAUGAUUGACACCUGGUACAGCCUAUGGGCGUUCAGGGAUUGCGUAGAUCUCCCGGGGGAUACGCUGUUUGAGCCGAGCGUCAUCACAGGGACUCUCGGCGACUGCGCGGCCGAAUGCGCGCAUCGCUACUGCGCAGCUCUGGUUUCAAGGAAGUGGAGAAAAACCCGGAAUUACCGAGAGCCUUUUGGCUUCAAAUCCGUAUACAGGCGGAAGGCGGAAGCAGGUUGUCCAUAGUAUAUACAGUCUAUGGCGAAUACAAAGUGGUUUAUCACGAGAACCGUUUGUUCGAUUGAAACUGCCAAGUCGGCAGUGCUUGUGAAAGAUUAUGAAACAAAUGUUGAUACAUUGCCAUGCACCUAUUUGAUAUACAUGUGUACUUAUUUUCCUAGACUGGAACGAGCAUCCUCAGCCUCGUGGACUCACCUGAUGCAGAAGUGGAUGCCAUCCAGCCGAAGCUUGUGUGUUUAGGACACCCCAGCACAACGGCCCAAUACAUCAUAGUGGCUAAGAACGACAAAGUUACCAUCCCACUUCCAGAUGAAGGUUUGGCCUGCGCCCUGGACAAGCUGUUCAAAGUGUACUGGGUUUGCAAUCUCUCAUAUCCUGCCCCACUGGCCUCAGUCUAUGCUUUCUUGGAGCAUAUUUACAGCAUAGCCGUACCAGGUACAAAGAGAUCAAAAGUUGUUGAGCUUCUUGCGAAACUCCAGGCAAUUUAAGUAACUAGAUCUACCAUGUACAUCUGUCCCAAAUGCAAGAAAAAGGUUUCAGAACAUGUAAGGGCACUUAUAAGACAUCUUAGGCAAGUCCAUGCAAUUUCAGAUGGACAGGAUUAUACAAUUGUAUGCAGUCAAAAUCACUGUCAAAGGACUUACCAAUAAUUAAAUUCCUAUACUAAACAUCUAAAUAGAGCUCACCCUCUUGUUGCAAACCCAGAACACACUGAACACGUCGUCCAUGUCAGUAACAAGUCAGUUGGUGAUGAUGGAGAAACAUCCUCUGCAGAAACUAAUUUGGACAGCGACACUCCAAUGGAUGAUCAUUGUUUGUCAGACCACCGUGACACCGCAGCUUCAUUUGUUGCCAAAAUGUACUCUGCUUCAAAUUCCACCUUGACAGAUGUUCAAAAAAGCAUCAUAUGCACGCAAGAGCUUCUGGAUAACACUCUGGCUUCUUUAAAGAAUAAAACAACAGCUUUGCUUAACAGCCAUUCUAUACCGAAUGAUGAAGCAGGUGUCCAAUCUCUAAUGCAGGAUUUUGAAAAUGCUCACAGCAUGUUUUCAGAUAGAUACCCCCUACAAAACGUGCAACUAUUUUUCUGAAAAACACUCACUUGUCAAGCCCACAGAAAUCUUCUUGGGGCACAGAGGUGACACAGCAAGAAGGAUGGGUAAAGUUAAUCAAGUAAUGGCAGCAGACACGUGCCAGUAUAUAUCCAUUAUUGACAACAUACACUCACUGGCCACUUUAUUAGGUACACCAUGCUAGUAACGGGUUGGACCCCCUUUUGCCUUCAGAACUGCCUCAAUUCUUCGUGGCAUAGAUUCAACAAGAUGCUGGAAGCAUUCCUCAGAGAGCUUGGUCCAUAUUGACAUGAUGGCAUCACACAGUUGCCGCAGAUUUGUCGGCUGCACAUCCAAGAUGCGAAUCUCCCGUUCCACCACAUCCCAAAGAUGCUCUAUUGGAUUGAGAUCUGGUGACUGUGGAGGCCAUUUGAGUACAGUGAACUCAUUGUCAGGUUCAAGAAACCAGUCUGAGAUGAUUCCAGCUUUAUGACAUGGCGCAUUAUCCUGCUGAAAGUAGCCAUCAGAAGUUGGGUACAUUGUGGUCAUAAAGGGAUGGACAUGGUCAGCAACAAUACUCAGGUAGGCUGUGGCGUUGCAACGAUGCUCAAUUGGUACCAAGGGGCCCAAAGAGUGCCAAGAAAAUAUUCCCCACACCAUGACACCACCACCACCAGCCUGAACCGUUGAUACAAGGCAGGAUGGAUCCAUGCUUUCAUGUUGUUGACGCCAAAUUCUGACCCUACCAUCCGAAUGUCGCAGCAGAAAUCGAGACUCAUCAGACCAGGCAACGUUUUUCCAAUCUUCUAUUGUCCAAUUUCGAUGAGCUUGUGCAAAUUGUAGCCUCAGUUUCCGGUUCUUAGCUGAAAGGAGUGGCACCCGGCGUGGUCUUCUGCUGCUGUAGCCCAUCUGCCUCAAAGUUCGACGUACUGUGCGUUCAGAGAUGCUCUUCUGCCUACCUUGGUUGCAGUGGCGGCUGCUGGUCUUUCAAGGAGGGGAAGCUAAUUUUUCUGGCCAACAUCAUAAUUGUAUUUGUUUAUUAGUAUGUAACAGAACAGAGUCGCCAAACACAACGGCAGUCGUUUUUAACAAAGACAAAAGUCGCUGAGGAUCGGUAAAGUAUCCGGAGCAGUUAAGAACAACGGAAUGAAUAACUUGGAAAAUGCUCUGGUAGAUGUUUUAUUCUUCAAGAUCGCUGAUUCGCUUGUUUAGCUGUCAAUCAAAAAAGGAUUUCGCCUCAGACAGCUCAUCCAAUCAUGGAUGCAGAAGCUCGGAGUCCGGGAGAAAGUCGGGACCGCCCUCUCGCCAUAGAGCUCCAGUGAAGCUGGGCUUCCGAUGGGCGGGACAAAUCCCAGCAUUUAUCCAAUGAGCGUCUAGUUUCGCUGCUGGAACAACCCACUUUGGGCUUCCACAUUGAAGUCAGCAGAAGCCCAGCGUCCGGCUGUUUAAAGCGCUGAGGCGCUGCGAGGAUGAAUGAGAACGAAGUUAUGCCGGUUACCUGUGAUUAUCAGCUUCUUAUCACAGUGUCUGAACAAAAGAUGAAGGCUUUCUAGUGCGUAUUUAGUUAAUGAAAUGUACACACAGCCGUACGUAUUUCACCACUUUUUCUUUUUUUGGGGGGGUGACAUUUUAAGGGAAGCCGAGCUUCCCUUGCAGUCUUAGAGCAAUCGCCACUGCUUGGUUGUAACGGGUGGUUAUUUGAGUCACUGUUGCCUUUCUAUCAGCUCGAACCAGUCUGGCCAUUCUCCUCUGACCUCUGGCAUCAACAAGGCAUUUCCGCCCACAGAACUGCCGCUCACUGGAUAUUUUUUCUUUUUCGGACCAUUCUCUGUAAACCCUAGAGAUGGUUGUGCGUGAAAAUCCCAGUAGAUCAGCAGUUUCUGAAAUACUCAGACCAGCCCUUCUGGCACCAACAACCAUGCCACGUUCAAAGUCACUCAAAUCACCUUUCUUCCCCAUACUGAUGCUCGGUUUGAACUGCAGGAGAUUGUCUUGACCAUGUCUACAUGCCUAAAUGCACUAAGUUGCCGCCAUGUGAUUGGCUGAUUAGAAAUUAAGUGUUAACGAGCAGUUGGACAGGUGUACCUAAUAAAGUGGCCGGUGAGUGUAAACUUUCUCUUUGGAAGUGAAAAGAUGCAGGGACUCUUUAACCAGUCAAACAAAAGUGUUGAUAGUAAAAUGCGUGAUUACUGUGAUGGCACACAUUUUGCACAACAUAAAUUAUACAGCAGGUAUCCCAAUGCCCUACAAAUCCAACUUUAUUUUGAUGAUGUCGAAACUACGAAUCCCUUAUCAUCGAAAACUAAGGUUCACAAAAUGGGAGCUGUUUACUAUUGCUUAAGGAACCUGCCUGUAGAAUUCAACUCUACCCUUGCAAACAUUCACCUUUGCCUACUCUUCAAUUCUAUUGACAGAGAUAAAUAUGGCUUUGGCAAAAUAUUAGAGCCAUUGCUGGAUGACAUUGGAACUCUGGAAAUGGAAGGGAUAGAGGUUGAAAUUAAUGGUCAGCGUAAUAGGCUCUAUGGAACUAUCUGUCUCUUGUCUGCUGAUAAUCUUGCGAUCCAUUCACUUGGAGGGUUUUUAGAAAGAUUUUUAGCCAACAAAUUUUGCCAUAUAUGUUUAACUGACAAACAAGCUGCCCAGAAUGUGUUUGAUGAUGAUCACCAGGAGUUUCGUUGUAAAGCAAACUAUGAAGAACAUGUUAUGCUUAACAAUCCAUCUCUUACUGGUAUAAAAGAGGAUUCCUGUUUAAACUCGCUCAGUUAUUUUCAUGUGACUGAAAACAUUUGUGUUGACAUUAUGCACGACAUUUUAGAAGGUGUGGCUCCAGAUGAAGUAAAACUGAUGCUAAAACAUUUUAUCUAUGAGGAGAAGCUUUUCACAUUAAACCAGUUCAAUGACAGAUUGAGAAGCUUUGAUUACGGUUGUGCAAAUGAAAAAAACAAACCUACUGUCAUUCUUAAUUUAAGGACAUCAGAUAAUCCCAUUAAGCAAACAGCAAGUCAAAUGUGGUGCCUAUUACUCUUUUUACCUUUCCUAAUAGGAGAUUUCAUACCUGAAAAUGAUCAACACUGGGAAUUGUUCCUCCUCCUCAGAGAAAUAUGUAGCAUAGUGUUUGCCCCAGUUGUUACCAAUAGUCUUUCUGUCCUUCUGAAUCAGUUGGUUAUAGAUCACCAUAACCUCUUCAAGAGUCUGUAUCCAGACAGGCCGCUCACACCAAAACAUCAUUUUAUGACUCACUAUUGGCGUAUGAUGAUCAAAUUCAGACCCCUUCUGAAGUUGUGGUGUAUGAGAUUUGAGGGUAAACAUGCUCCCCUGAAAAGACAUGCUCAUGUUGUGUGUAAUUUCGUCAAUAUCUCUAAAACUUUGGCUUAUAAAUGUCAAGUUCAAAGUAUGUUUAAUUGGAAAUUUAGUGACCCCCCUCAUGAACAAAAUUACUGUCCCAAACUCAUUUCCACUCAUUGUUUGAUCUCUGGGAAAAAGUGAUGCGCUCAUUCAAAAUUUAAAAGCACUUGGCUAUGAUAUUGGCAUUUGCAGCACAAUUCAUGUUGCUCACUCUGUCUGUGUGCUUGGUCAGACAUACAGGACUGGUUGCGUGCUUGCUUUGAACUGUGACUUGAGAGGAGAACGUCUCUUUGGGGAGAUAAUACACAUGUUUCCAAAUUGUGAACAGGAAGAGUUGUUAAUGUUUAUUCAAAUUUUGUCAGUGAAAUAUUUUGAUGAUCAUCUGUAUUCUUAUGUCGUGGAGCGAAAUGCUGAGUUUAAAAUGAUCUAUAUUAAGGACGUUGCAGACAUUAAACCACUUGAUUUGCUGUCAUCUUACAGUGGAAACCAACUGUAUGUUAAUCCAAGAUACAAACUUAUUGCUUAGGUCUGCGUUACUGAAAAGUGCUUAACUCUUCAGAUAUGAAUAUUGAAUAUGAUUAUAGGCAGCUAGUAUUUGUAAGUGGCUAUGUCCUCAGGGGACGGUUGUUUGACAUGCCAUGUCUGUAUUUCAGUUGUUACAUCUUUGCACUUAUGAUGUAAGAAAUGUUUACAAAAUGUUUUGCACUGCUGCCUGAAGCAAAUAAAAUUUAUAAAAGUGACUUGAGAUUCAAGCAAUUUUUUAUUCUUUUUAGUGACCAGGUUUGGUAAUUUAGCAGAUAAUUGCUGUAAAUUUAUAUUGAACAUUAUUUGUAUUUUAAUAUUUUAUAAACAAUAACACAGUUGUGUGUAAAUUGUAUGAAAAUAACACACUUUUGUGUGAAGAAUACAUAACGCAGCUAUGUGUAAAUUGCAUGAAAAUAUGACACAGCUCCGUGUUAUCUUUGUGUAAACCCAACACAGUUGAUGUGUUGACACAUUUAACACACAUGUGUAAAAUCUGUCAACACAAAGUCAUGUGUCAAAACAACACAUUGUGUGUUGUCCUUAACUAGACACACGGAUGUGUUAAGAAAUAACACAUGAUGAGUUACUUUUGACACAUUCGUUUUGAGAGUGCGCACGUCUGUGAUAAUUUGCACGGUCCAGAAAAGGUGCUCUGCUGGUUGGUCCGUUUUUGUCGGCUGACAUCAGUCUGAUAAGCUGCACUUGUGUGCUUACCUCAGAGGUGGUAGUUCAGACUCUUAAAACUGUUUUAAUUCUGUUUGACAAAAAGAGCAUAUUAUUUUGACUUGUCAGCUGUCAAGAAUUCAAAAGCACAGUGGCGUCAUUAUUUCCAUCAGGAGAGCAGGAAGUAGGCUUACUAGGGGGGAAAAGAUGAUUAAAAAGUAAUCUGUUAUUUUUGGAUCAUGAUUCUCACGUUAAUGCUGACAGCCCCUUUUAUUUACUGUAACAUUUAAUAAGGCAAAGAGUCAAUCCACAAUAUGAGCUAAAAUAAGCAAACAAACACACACACACACACACACACACACACACACACACACACAGAGUCUUAGGAACACAUUACAAAGUCAUUUUGAUUAAACAUGCAGUAAAACAAAUUUAGAAAAGGUCAAUAACAUAUAAUUAACACGACUGCGACACAAAUUUGUUUGUAGAGCUCUUAAGCAAUGUGUCACUCAACCUCACUCUCUUCACUUUAUGUCUCACUUCCUUUGAUGCCCAUGUCAAAAGGCUAAAACAUAGAUUACUUGGCUGCAGCGCAUGACUUUGGUUUUGUAUAUAAUCGGGGGGGGGGGGGCAACUCUAAGAUGCAGCGCAACACAAUAUUGCCUCAAAAAUGUGUGCAUCUGCUCAGAAUAACAACUCUGUUCUUGCCUUGUCUUCUAGUUACAUCCCAGUCGGUGAUUAAAGAAGAAGAUCCUUCUGAGCAACACAAGUGGACACCCACUCCUGAUAAAGAAGUGCAAAAACUCCCCUAUAUUAAAGAGGAAGAGGAAGACGUGUGGAGCUGUCAUCAAGUGGAGAGGCCUCAAGGACAGAAGGAUGAUAUCUCCAAGUUACCUUUUAAUGUUGUAACUGUGGUAUGUGAAGAGGAAGCUCAAUCCUCCAAGAUUCACCAAAGGCAAACCGAUCAAGCUAGAGCUGAUGGAGAGGGCUGUGGAGGAUCAAAUAAGACAUCCUCUUCAGAUUAUGACACUGAGAACAGUGAUGAUUUUUCACAGGGGAUAAAUCAAUCUCAGACGGGUUUCGAAACAGCUGAAAGAUUACCGAACAUGAUGACCAACACAGAAGGGAAACCCCUGAGUUGUUUCAUUUGUGGCAAAGGUUUUAGUGACAAAUCCAACUUGAGGAGGCACAUACGAUUUCACAAAGGGGAGAAAACAUACAACUGUGAUUUUUGUGAGAAAACUUUCACUGAAAAGGCCUAUUUGAAAAGACAUUUAAGAAAUCAUACAGGGGAGAAACCAUUUAAUUGUCCAAUCUGCGGUAAAGGUUUCAGUGGAAACAUAGAUCUGAUAAGGCAUGUCAGAACCCACACAGGGGAGAAACCCUUCAGCUGCUCCAUUUGCGGUAAAGUUUUCAGUCAGCAUGAAAAUCUGCGCAGACAUGAGAGGACUCACACGGGGGAGAAACCAUUCAGCUGUAUGGUUUGCUCAAAGGGGUUCACCCACAAAGGCGCGCUGGUUGUACACAUGAGAAUUCAUACUGGGGAGAAACCGUUUAGCUGUUCAGUCUGUGGGAAAAAAUACAGUGAAAAGGGAAAUCUGAAAAAGCAUAUGAUAGUUCACACUGGAGAGAGACAUUUCAGCUGCAGCAUUUGUGAAAAGAGAUUUAAAUAUCAGUCCCAGGUCAAAAACCACAAGUGCUCUGGUGAGAGCAGUACGACAGAAGUCCAUCAGCUAUGUGGAGAUCCAAACUCCUCAGAUGGCAUUAUUGUGGUCCAAGAGGCAGUUAAAUCUGAAAACUGUUAA